AUGGCGGGCGGGGAUGGGACACUGCGCCGCCUGCUGAGACUGCACCGCACCGAGAUCGCGGUGGCGGUAGACAACGCGUUUCCGCUGCUGCACGCUCUGGCUGACCACGAUGUGGUUCCAGAGGACAAGUUCCAGGAGACACUCCGGCUGAAGGAGAAGGAAGGCUGCCCACAGGCCUUCCAUGCCCUGCUGUCCUGGCUCCUGACCCAGGAUAGUGGGGCCAUCCUGGACUUCUGGAGGGUUCUCUUUAAGGACUACAAUCUGGAACGGUACAGCCGCCUGCACACCAUCCUGGACGGCUUCCCAAAAGAUGUGGACCUAAAUCAGCCCCGGAAGGGGAGGAAGCCCCUUGCUGGUCCCAAGGUCUCCGUACUGCCACCCAGACCCCCCACCAAGAGAAAGGCGCUAGAGGAACCUCGGGGAACCCCACCAGCAACCCUGACCCCAAAGAGCUCCUCCAGCCCAGGCUCCCACCCGAAGACCAAGCCCCCUAAGAAGCCAGAGGGCAACUUGGAGUCACAGCGCCUCCCGCUGGGGAACGGAAUUCAGGCUAUGUCAACUUCCGUCCAGAGAGCUGUGACUGUGUCCUCUGGGGAUGUCCCAGGAACCCGAGGGGCCGUGGAAGGAAUCCUCAUCCAGCAGGUGUUUGAGGCAGGAGGCUCCAAGAAGUGUAUCCAAGUUGGGGGCGAGUUUUACACUCCAAGCAAGUUUGAAGACCCCAGUGGCAACGCAAAGAACAAGACCCGUGGUGGCAGCCUAAAGCCGGUGGUCCGAGCCAAGGGAACCCAGGCCACUAUCCCUGGUAGAGAUGAGCAGAGAAUAGGCCAGCAGUGUGGGGUCCCUGCCCUUCCAGCCCUUCCCAGUGAGCCCCAGGUUCACCAGAAGAACGAGGACGAAUGUGCCGUGUGCCACGAUGGAGGUGAGCUCAUCUGCUGUGAUGGCUGUCCCCGGGCCUUCCACCUGGCUUGCCUGUGCCCACCUCUGCAGGAGAUCCCCAGCGGCCUCUGGAGGUGCUCCUGCUGCCUCCAGGGCAGAGUCCAGAAGAGCCUGUCCCAGCCUGAGGAGUCCAGGCCCCUGGAGCCACCUGCAGAGACCCCGAUCCUCCUGGGACUGAGGCCAGCUUCAGAGGGGACCAGGAGCCUGUCCAGGGAGCACCUGGCCAGCUCAGAUGCUGCCAUCACAUACGUGAACCUGCUGGCCCCACCUUCUGCAGCCCCCCUGCCUCUGCUGGAGUCUUCAGCACUACGCCCUCUGCUGAGUGCUGGGACUGAGGGGCAGCAGGGUCCCGCGCCAGGUGCACGGUGCGGUGUGUGCGGGGACGGUGCAGACACGCUGCGGUGCGCGCACUGUGCAGCAGCCUUCCACUGGCGCUGCCACUUCCCGAUGGCCACAGCCCGACCAGGGACGAACCCCCGCUGCAAAUCCUGCUCUUCAGACCCGACGACUCCCACGCCAGGAGAGGCAGCACCCACUUCUGCACGCCCAGCUCCUGGACUUGCCAAGGUAGGGGACGACUCUGCUGGUCAUGAGCCUGUUCUGCAAAGGGACGAUCUGGAGUCCCUCCUGAAUGAGCACUCCUUCGAUGGCAUUCUUCAGUGGGCCAUCCAGAGCAUGUCACGCCCGCUGGCUGAGACACCGCCUUUCUCCUCCUGA